AUGGCUACUGCUCUCCUCGCCGGCUUUGGAAUCGCUGCCGCUGCCUUCUUCGGCCGCGCCGGCCUCGUGGCUUUCAAGCGCUACCGUGGUGGCACCAGCGCUGUUGGCAAGGCCUUCUACAAGGGCGGCUUUGAGCAAAAGAUGACUAGAAAGGAGGCUGCUUUGAUCCUCGAGACCACGUUCGUCACCCCUGUCCCACCUGGACGUCAUUCGGAAGCAUACAAAAGGACUAACUGUACUGCCUGUGACAGAGAACGCGGCAUCACUCGCGACAUCAUCCGCAAGAAGCACCGUCAACUCAUGCUGCUCAACCACCCCGAUCGUGGCGGUAGCCCUUACCUCGCCACAAAGGUCAACGAAGCCAAAGAACUGUUGGAGAAGACGACAUAA